AUGCCCUCCUCCUUCACGGACGCCGGCGCGGUGCCCUCCUCUCCUUGGACGCCGGCGCACGCGGCCCUCCCCCUCCUCCUCUCCCUGUCCAUCUCCCACUCCUCCGCGUCCUCCUCCUCGCCAAAGACCGCGGCGGCGGUGAGCCCACGACUCGGAGGCACGGAGCGGGGCGGCCUCGGGGGCACUGGUGGGGACGGGGUCGGGCCGGUCGGGGUGGCCUCGGGGCGGGGUCGGGCCCUAGCAGGCCGGGCAUGCGGCUGCGGCGGCAGCCGGCCUGGGCGUGCGGAGAAGGAUGUGGCGGCGGCGGACGGCGGAGGCGGGGGCGGUGGGGCACUGAGGCUCACCGCGGGCUUGUGGUGGCCGGAGCUGCUGCGCAGGGCGGCCGGCGUCGAGGUUGGGCGGCGGCGUAGGCGGAGCUCGGUGACGGGGAUGAUGCAGCGGCGCUCCGGGUUCCUGGAACUCGCGAUCUGGUCCGCACAGGGUGUUCCAGAGGACCACACAAAAUGGAAUGCUAGAGCCAAAAAUGCUUUGUUUGAUGCUCUUAGUGAAGAAAUCUUUGCUCGUGUGCAUAGCAAGAAAACCGCUCAUGAAGUGUGGGGAGAGCUUGAGACCAUUCAUGUUGGGUCUAAGAAGCUCCGUGAAGAGAAGUACCAAGUACUUAAGGAGAAACUCAAUGAGUUCAAAAUGCAUUCUAGUGAACUAGUUGAACAAAUAUAUGCUAGGUUGAAUAUACUUGUUGAGGACAUUAACGCGCUUGAAAUUUCUCCUUUGUCUACUAGUGACAUCAUUCGGAAGAUUCUUCACUCAUUGCACAAGACCAAGUACAACAUUGUGACAUCCUUGCUCUAUGAGAAAGAUCUUUCCACAUUGCAAGUGAGUGAAGUGGUCGGGAAAAUUCGGUCUCAAGAGAUGUUUCUCUUGGGCGAAAUUGAUCCUCUUCAAGCCAAAGGUGAUCUUGCUCUCAAAGCUAAAGGCGAAAACAAGUCAAACAAGAAGAGCAAGGGCAAGGCACCUAUGUCAAGUUCAAGUGAAGCAAGUGAUGACUCAAGUGAUGAGGAUGGUGAUGAAGACACCAAGCUUGCUCUCCUCAUGAGGAAGACCACAAAGCUCAUGUCAAGGUUGAACAAGAAGGGGUACAACUUCGACCCCAAGAAAAACAAGUUCCGUACGAGGAAGCCCAAAGAUGCCCUCAAGAAGAUAUGCUAUGUUUGUGGCAAGUAUGGUCAUCUUUCAUAUGAUUUCCCUCAAGAAUCCAACAAGAAGUAA